CGCCCGGGAACUACAGCCGGCGGCAGCGGCGGAGCGCGGGCCGGGAUGGCGGCCCCCUUGGUGCUGGUGGUGCUGGCGGCCGUGACGGUGCGCGCCGCGCUCUACCGCUCCAGCCUCGCCGUCUUCAUCGCCGAGCGGGUCGAGGUGGCGUCCCCGCUAAACGCCUGGAAGCGAGUCGUCGAAGGAUUAGCUCUGCUGGAUUUAGGGGUCUCGCCAUACUCUGGAGCUAUUUUUCAUGAGACCCCGCUGAUAAUCUAUCUCUUUCACUUCCUAAUUGAAUAUGCUGAACUGGUAUUCAUGAUAACUGAUGUGCUAACUGCUGUUGCCCUUUACUUGGCAAUCCAGGACUUCAACAAAGUUGUGUUCAAAAAGCAGAAGCUCCUAAUAGAACUGGAUAAAUAUGCACCAGAUGUGGCUGAACUCAUCCAGACACCCAUGGAGAUGCACUACAUCCCCCUCAAGGUAGCACUGUUCUACCUGUUAAACCCCUACACUGUGAUGUCUUGUGUGGCAAAGUCCACCUGCGCCAUCAACAACUCUGUCAUUGCAUUCUUCAUUUUAGCUACAAUAAAAGGUAGUGCCUUCCUCAGUGCUGUGUUCCUGGCCUUAGCAACAUACCAGUCACUCUACCCUCUCACCCUGUUUGCUCCAGCACUGCUUUACCUUCUACAGCGCCAGUUCAUACCUAUCAAACUGAAAAGCAAAAGUUUCUGGCUCUACACCAUGCAGUAUGCAUCUCUGUACCUGUGCAGCCUGGUGGUGAUCAUCUGUCUCUCCUUCUUCCUACUCAACUCCUGGGAUUUUAUCCCAUCUGUUUAUGGGUUUAUCAUUUCUGUUCCAGACCUGACACCCAAUAUUGGCCUUUUCUGGUACUUCUUUGCAGAGAUGUUUGAACACUUCAGUCUUUUCUUUGUAUGUGUGUUUCAAAUCAAUGUGUUCUUCUACACCAUUCCCUUGGCAAUAAAGUUAAAGGAACACCCUGUGUUCUUCCUGUUUGUCCAGCUCGCCAUCAUUUCUAUCUUCAAGUCCUAUCCCACCGUGGGAGACGUUGCACUGUACAUGGCCUUCCUUCCAGUCUGGAGCCACCUUUACAGAUUCCUCCGGAACAUCUUCAUCCUGUCAUGUGUGCUCAUUUUCUGCUCCUUCCUGUUCCCUGUUCUGUGGCAUCUAUGGAUUUAUGCAGGAAGUGCCAACUCCAAUUUUUAUUAUGCCAUCACGUUGACUUUCAACAUAGGGCAGAUCCUGCUCAUCUCGGAUUAUUUCUAUGCCUUCCUCCGGCGGGAGUACUACCUCACUCACGGGCUGCACCUGACGAGGCAGGAUGGGACAGAGGCCAUGCUGGUUUUGAAAUAAGGACUGUACCACCAUUUCCUGGGACAUGGGCCACUCCGAGGAACAUGCAAAGCUUGGGGUACAUGGGGUGGGUGGGGAAGGUUCCCUGAAUGAGGUCUGACUUUGGGAAUGAUACCUACUGGAAGAAAGGGUAGAGGUUAUGGGAAUAACCCCCUGAGCUGCAGGCUCAGCACAGACUGUCAUAGCUGCAGUUCCUCCCCCUCAGCUGUGCUUUUCACUUCGACCUCAGCCAUCAGCUCUGGCCAGUCCAGCAAGAGCAGGAGUGUCUGAGCUAAACCCAGGCCUGGAGUUCAGACCAUGAACUGUUUUCCACCACUGCUUCUUGGAGAUGUUUGCUUCUCCAGGGAUCUUCCCCUCACUGCUUUGACCAGUAACGCUCCUGCUUGGCACAAGGCAGUCUCUGGGUACCUGGUGCCCCAGUCCUGGCUGCAGAUUCCAUUUCUUGGUGGUUCUGCUGUUGAGGGAUCUGGAAGAAUCCCAUGUGCUCAGUCAUAGUGGGUGCUGUGAAAGGGUUGGGUAACCAAGGAUGAUGAUCUUGGACGACAGCUGGAGCUGCUGCCACACCUGGUAACCUCAGCGCUCAAACACAAGUAGGAACCAGAACUGGGAUGGGAUGAAGAGCAAGGUGGGUACCAGGUAACUGCUCUAUCCCCUUGGAGCAACACAGCCAUGCCAGGCACUGCACAGAGGCGUUGCAGGUCUCAGAGGGAAUACUACUGAGGAGAUGGACUCCCACUGCUCCCAGUUUCUGUUGGGUGACAAAGCCUGGCAGUGCUGGGCUCACACUGUGCUGCUGUGAUCACUAGGGGCAGCAGCUGGGACCAGGAGGUGUCACAAUCUCCCUGUAAGGCCCCAGACCAAAUCCAGGAGGCAUCUCAGCCACUGCUGUUAGGGAGUUGUUCCACAGCUGCUUAUCACUACUGGAUGUGCACUUGUCUGUGUCACCCCUGUGCCCGUCAGUGCGGGGCUCAAGGCUGUGCACGGGGGCUCCCUUCAAUCAGCUCCCCUGGUCCCCCCCACUCCUCUCUGUACUCAGACCUGCUCACCUUGGAGUUGCUGCUGCUGCUGCCCCCUGAAUGUGACACUCUGGGGUGAAGCCACCAGCUCUGCUGGCUGUGUGGUGGCACUGAGAUGCAGUGACCAGAGUGUGACAGCCGCCUCCGGCAUCGCCACUGCUCCCACGGGACAGCCGAAAGCUUGGGAAUGUGACAUGGAAACCAAACUGCACCUGGUGCCGAGCAGCUGGAUGUGCCCAGGCAGGUGUGCAAAGAGAUCUUUCUUUCCGGACAAUUCAAACUUUUGCCUUACUGCACUUCUGUCCGCGCUUUGGGGGUGGAGCCGCGCCCGGCCUGGGCCGAGCCCGGCGGGAGCCUCCGGCCGGCGGGGGCACGGCCGGGGCGAAAUAAACUGUGUGAGUUUUGGA